AUGGAGAAUUUAGACGGCCAGAAGCAAACCAUCAAAAAUACAAUCAAUGAUACACGAGCAAGAAUAAUAAAAAAGUUAUACGACUUAGAACAAAAAAUACUUCUUGAGUUAGACACACAACAUGGUAAACGUAAAUCCGUACUAAGCAAACUUUUAAACCGUUUGAAAAAUUCGGAAGGAGAUUUAAAUUGUCUGAAAGAGCAAACAUCACAAUUGAAAUCAUUUGCAUCCGAGAUUCAACUUUUCCUGGGAACGCGCCAGAUCAACGAAACAGUCUUUAAAGAAGUAGAAUCCGUUAAAGAAAGAAUCAAGUCUGUGCAGAACUAUGAAGUUUACUUACAGUUAUAUCCAGUUGUCAAGGCGUUUAUGAAUGAGAUAGAUCAGCUAGGCAAAAUAUCCAUUAAGAAGACUACCACAAAUAUACUGUUCAAAGAAGCAAAGGCAGACCAAGCCCAGAUGCAGCUUCGAUUGCCCGAAAUGACAGACAUUAAUAGCGUCUCUCUCAAAUUAAAGAAGGAAUUUAAAUUGAAAAAAAAGGAUUUUGGGAUGUGGAUGUCUGGAUGCAACAUAUUACCAAAUGGUAAUUUGUUAAUAGCUGAUUAUGUAGGAAAUAAAAUGAUUAUGGAGUAUAGUGAAGACGGAAAACAUAUCCGUGACAUACCAUGCUCUAGACCACCGUUUGAUCUAACAGUCAUAGACACUGACCAUAUUGCUGUUACAUAUGGAAAUUGUCAGUACAUAGAGAUUUUAAAUAUAAAGAACAAUAAAGUCUGGAGGAAAGUUAAAUUUGAGAGAGACUGCUACGGAAUAUCAUACCAGGACAAUAAACUAUUUAUCAUUUCAAGAGGCAUUGAAAUAACAGAUAUAUCAGGAAAAGUACUAAAAACAUUAAGAGUUGACUGUGGAUUAUACUUAGAAACAACUACUGAUAGAAUUUAUUUCACCGCUGAAAUAGAUCAUACUGUACAUUGUAUCUCCAUGACAGGUGAAGAAAUAUGGGUAAAUAAGGUGGAAUCCAUGAUCAAUCCGAUGGACAUCACUGUAGAUGAUCAUCAAAAUGUAUUUAUUGUUGAUCGAGAUUCGAAUUAGCUAAUGUUAAUACAGGAUAGAGGGAGGGCAAGUAAAACACUACUAACCGGAACGGACGUCUGCACACACCAUCUGCGCUACACUACAACUAAGACAAAAAAGUAUUACUUCUGUGUAACCAGAUUGAUAGUGCAGCCUUAUACAAUCGUGAAUAGUUUCAUUAACCUUAUUUCAUAUUCUUUUUCAAACGCAUAAUUUUUUUGUUAAUUUGAAACAGCCUUUCCUAAUGAUAAUGUAAUUUAGGUAAUAGACAUUUUCGAAAAAAAAAAAAAUGUUAUUGAUCAGUUUUUUGUUUUUAAAAAAGACUGUAUUAUGAAGCAAAGAGAUUCACUACUCUGUGAAAAUCAAUGGGACUAUAAUUUAGACAUAAAAUGUUUUCCGAUUCAUAUAAAUGAAGAUGUUACUUUUUGAAUAAACAUUUACUUUGGU